AUGUCUAGUCGCGGGAAUCGUUUUCUACAUCAUCCUUCUGGUACACAUUGGAGGCCAGUUCCUAUUCGACCACCGGCUCCUACUAAUCCAGUAUUUAUAAACGCGUUUCCGAACUACGAAAGUGAUAGUGAUAGUGAUAGACCAAGACCCUAUGAUGUGAUAUUUGAUAGUUCUUCAACUUCACCUGCUGCAAGUACGUCCAGUCAUUCACCACAAGAGACGCCGGAGAUACCAAUACAUGGAAGAAUAGAUAUAACACCUAUUAUAAAUGAUAUGGAAUCGACUAAUCCAACAGAAUCAAAUAGCGUAGAGAUAUCAGGUAUUCAAGAUUUGCACGUAACUACUAAUUCUUCAGAAAGCCAAAGCUAUAUCUUCGACGAAGAGAACGAAACCGCAUUGCAAGAACAGGUUGAAGAUGAUCCUUUAAAGCAAUACGUGACCAAACUACGUCAAAUUGUGCAACAAUUGGAUGAAGACGCGUGGCAAUUCAUAAGUUUAGACAACGAAUUUUCGAAAUUCUGA